AAUUUCACCCAACCCACUCAAGCCUUUUCCCGCGAAAAAUGCAGGAAACAGGAAGCAAAACGACUCAUCGUUUUCCAACCGUCAUCGGUAAUUUUCCACUGACCAAUUUAUCCGAUUUCCAUGCGCGUAGGCCAGACCAGGACCAGCUGCUAUCGAUUUCCGCGACCCUCUCAAGCCGAUCCAGUCGAUCCGCAGGAAUUUUCGCGAGCGAACAUCCGAGACUCGCUUUCGCUCGGCGAAUUCCCCCCGAAACACAAAAACCAAACAGAGUUUUUGCGAAUUACGCCAUCCCUUAUUGAGAGGGAUGGAUCAAGUAGUUCUAUUUAAUAUUUCGAAAUAUGCCAAAGGAGACCAAAGUCCAUUCGUUUUCGAAGUUGGAGGCAGUUCUUAUACACGAUGCAGAACCAGCGGAUUUUGAAAAGGCCAUUUCCACCUCCGGUUACGGUAAAUUCAACGUUAUCUUGUACGUUAUUUCGACGGCCGCAGGAUGGUCUACAGUAUUCGAAACCACCACCAUGUCGUACGUUUUUCCCGCCGCGGAAUGCGACCUGCAGCUCACCCUCAACGACAAGGGCUGGCUCAACGCUGUAACUUAUGCAGGCAUGAUAUCCAGCGCGUUCGUUUGGGGUUUCCUGUGCGACACGUUCGGCAGGAAGAAACUCUUGAUCAUCGGGCUGCUCUUGGACGGGAUAUUCCUGAUGAUGGCCGCUUUGUCUCAAAACUUCCCGCUUCUGAUGAUCGCCAAGUUCCUUGGUGGUUUCAUUAUUAACGGUCCAUUUGCUGCUCUAACAGCGUAUCUGUCAGAGUUCCACUGCGCCAAGCAGAGGGCCAGGGUGCAGAUGAUUCUGGGGGCGAUUUUCAGUCUGGGUAACCUUAUUCUGCCCGUAUUGGCACUAAUAAUACUGCCUGUUAACAUGGAUUUUAGAGUGGGAAUGUUAGAAUUUCACUCCUGGAACGUUUAUCUCAUGAUCAGCUCCCUACCAGCCCUGGCCAGCGGCGUGGCGUUUAUUUUCCUACCGGAAAGUCCGAAAUUCCUGAUGUCCACCGGAAACAACGCGAAAGCUCUGGAAGUGUUCAGACAAGUUUACAAAGUGAACACCGGAUAUCCCGCCGAAAGUUAUCCAAUAAAAUAUUUAAUCGACGAAACGUUGAACAACAACUACGACAUUAACAAAGACGUUAACGAAGAUAACGAUGGUGUUACUGUAACGAAAACGGCGCGGCAGAUGUUCAAAGGCGGCAUCCACCAGAUGAAGCCGAUUUUCGUGGGGCCCCACGUGCCGAGGAUCAUUUUGGUUUUUGCGUUGCAAUUUUUAAUAAUGAUGGGGGUGAACACGCUAAGAUUGUGGCUGCCUCAAAUUUACCAAGCGAUGAACGACUAUAAAUUCCAGCACAACGGAAGCGCUCCUCUCUGCGACAGUUUGGAAAUUUUCCAGCCCAAGUACGACGAUAUUAACGUGACUAAAUUCAAAUGCGAAGCGAAUUCCAAUAAUUCGGAAGUUUAUACCAAUUCUAUGAUUGUGGCUACUACUAGUAUCAUUGGCUACAUUACAGCAGGAACACUGAUCAAUUCAUUGGGGAAGAAAACGAUAUUAUGCAUUUUAGGUUUGAUUUCCGGCUCAAUGUCGAUGACCCUAUAUUUUUCGAAAACCAUAACGUCGACUAUCUUAUUAUCAUCGAUGUUCGUAACGUUUGGUAGUAUUGGAAUCAAUGUCAUAUUAGCAGUCGUUGUAGAUCUUAUACCCACUUCAUUAAGAACCAUGGCAGUGUCUCUGACGAUGAUGUUCGGCAGGUUCGGAGCGGCUUUGGGAAAUCUGAU